CUUCGUCGUCGUCCUUUACUCCUCAUACAUACAAGCACUACAUCAAUCCCAACAACCUCAAUCCUCUACCAUCCAACCCUACUAUAAGAACAACCAUACACAAAAUGGAACACCACAAUCCAACCACGAACCAAAGCAUGGCACAGCCCAUGAACCAGGCCACGAACAACAAUCACCAUGUCCAAACCCAAAUCCAACCUCAAAUCCAACCUCAAAUCCAACCUCAAAUCCAACCUCAAAUUCAACCUCAAAUCCAAUCUCAGAUUCAACCUCAAAUCCAACCUCAAGCCCAUCCUCAAGCCUAUCCUCGAGCUCAACCUCGAACUCAACCUCAACCUCAACCUCAACCUCAACCCCAAAUCCAACCCGGCCCCGAAAUCCACCUCAUCCCCUACCCACCCCAAGCCCAAGUUCAAGACCAGCACCCCCAAACCGAAAUCCUCCUCCACAUCGACGCCAACAACCACCCAAUCUGCAUCCUAUCCAACACCUCCCAACCCACAACAACAACAAUCGACCCCAACAUCAUAAUCAGCAACCCAACCUCCUACAUCCUCGCCUUCCGCGACCCCCACUCCCUCUACCACGCCUUCACCAACCCAACCACCUACACCCUCCUCACCCGACACGCACACUACAUCCGACUCUACCUCCUCCACGACCUGCAAAUCGGCUACCUCCCAUGCUCACCACACCCACUACCCUUCUCAUCCCACAACCGGGACAGUCUAUUCUUCUUCGACUGCGCCACUGACCCCAACAUGCACUGCAUCACCCCGCCCCGCCUCCCCUGCAUGCCCAGCACCACCCACCCCGUGAUCCUUAACAACGAUUGCAAUAAUAUCUGCGCGAUCUCGUGGCCGGGCUUUGAUAAGCUUAUGGGGAAUUGGCGUGUCGCGUGCAGGGCUAUUCCCCGGGGUCAUGAUGUCUGGUAUAUGGUCUUCAAUCUUGCGUCGAGGGGUGGGUGGGUGCCUCUGGGUGUGGGUCGGUCGUUGCAGUUGCUUAGUACGGCGGUUUGUGUUAAGGAGAGGGUUAAGGGGAGGUUUCGGUGUGUGGUGGAUGGGUGUGCUAGGGGGGUGGUGGAGAGGUUUGAUGGGUUUUUGGCGGCCAAUGUGGCGAGUUUGGGGUGGGCGGUUGUGGGGGAUGAGGAGAUGGUGGAGGUUAAGGUUGAGGAGGGGGAGGGGGGAGAGGGGGGUGUGAAGGGUGUGAAGGGUGUGGAGGGUGAUGGUGCUGAUGGUGGUGGUGGUGGAGGCGGAGGAGGAGUGAUUGUUCAUGCUGUGAUGGUGGAUGUAAUGGUGCAGUGGAAGACUGCUGUGGGUAUUGUCGGUGGACUAGGGGUCAGAUACUGA